AGUUUUUUUUGUCCCUUCUCAAGAUGUUAAUCUCUUAUGUGCAUGUUUCUUCAUAUUUUUGGGUGAAAUUGCAGCGCGUUAAAGUGUACCGUUUGAAUGAAGAUGGGAAGUGGGAUGAUCAGGGGACUGGACAUGUCACCGUUGAUUAUAUGGAGAGAUCAGAAGAACUUGGUGUUUAUGUGAUUGAUGAAGAAGACAAAGAAGCCUUACUUGUACACCGAAUCAAUGCAGAAGAUAUAUAUAGAAAACAAGAAGAUACAAUCAUCUCCUGGCGAGAUCCUGAGUAUUCUACUGAAUUAGCUCUUAGCUUUCAAGAAACAGCAGGGUGCUCAUACAUAUGGGAUCAGAUUUGCAGUGUACAGAGAAGUAUUCGUUUUGGUACCCUCAACAACGAAGCAUACCAUGGUAUCAACAGUGAGUUGAGAGAAUUGCCUGCAGUUGAACUUUCUACACUUCCUUUGAUACUGAAGACUGUUGUUGAAAGUAGCAUUUCUGAUCAAAUACGUGCAACGGAACUAAUUUUGCGUGAUGUGAGUUCUCUACCUAUUUUUUUUCGGAAGCUUAUGGAUCUAUUUCGGAUGUGCGAGGAAUUGGACAACAUAGACAGUCUUCAUAUAAUAUACAAGAUAAUCCGCGGAAUCAUUUUACUAAAUAGCCCUCAGAUCUUUGAGAAAAUUUUUGGGGAUGAAUUGAUCAUGGAGAUUAUUGGCUGCCUUGAAUAUGAUCCAGAAUUGCAACAUGUGCAACACCAUAGGAGUUUUCUUAAGGAACAUGUAGUCUUCAAGGAGGCUAUACCUAUUAAAGACCCUAUUGCUGUGUCGAAAAUACACCAAACAUAUAGAAUUGGUUAUUUGAAGGAUGCUAUUUUGCCAAGGGCACUGGAUGAUGCCACUAUUGCAAAUAUCAACUCUAUCAUCCAGUCAAAUAAUGCAAUGGUGCUUUCUUUAUUAAAAGAUGAUAGCACUUUCACUCAAGAGCUGUUUGCCAAGUUGAAGUCACCUUCCACUUCUGAAGAAUCCAAGAAGAAUUUGGUAUUCUUCUUACAUGAGUUCUGUAACCUAAGUAAGAGCUUGCCCGUGGUCCAGCAAAUGCGAUUAUUUAGGGAUCUGGUUAGUGAGGGGUUAUUUGACGUCAUUGCUGACAUUUUGCAGAGUCGAGAUAAGAAGCUUGCACUAACUGGGACAGACAUCCUUGUCCUCAUUCUUAAUCAGGAUCCAAACCUCUUAAAAACUUAUGUUAGUCGGCAAGAAGGGGUUGCCUUUCUUGGACUUCUGGUUACAGGAAUGCUUACUGAUUUUGAGGAUGACAUGCAUUGCCAGUUUCUUGAAAUUCUUAGGAGCCUUUUGGAUUCUUAUACAUCCGCAGGACAGAGAGAUACCAUCAUCGAGAUUUUCUACGAGAAACACUUGGGUCAAUUGAUUGACGUUAUACGAUUAUCAUGUGCUCCUAGCAUCACUUCCCAAUCACCAGAUAGAUGUGAGAGUCCUGAAAGAGGCAAACUGUGUCAGAUUAGGACAAAACCUGAGAUUCUCUUGAACAUUUGCGAUCUAUUGUGUUUUUGCGUGUUACACCACCCUUACAGAAUAAAGGGUAACUUUCUUCUGGAUAAUGUAAUAGACAAUAUUUUGCUUCUAACACAAAGAAGGGAAAAGUACAUUGUAGUUGCUGCUGUUCGUUUUUUCCGAACUCUUGUUUCACGAAAUGAUGAGCAUCUGAUGAGUCACAUUGCGGGAAACAACCUUUUGAAACCUAUUGUAGAUGCAUUUAUUCGCAAUGGGAGUCAUUAUAACUUGCUGCACUCCGCAACUCUAGAACUUUUUGAGCACAUCCGGAAGGAUAUAAAGAUACUACUCAAAUAUUUAGUUGAAUCAUUUUGGAAUGAAUUGGCUGAAUUUGAGAAUCUAUCUUCCAUUCAAGCACUAAAAGUUAAAUAUGAUCAGUCCAUGGAGAACUCUGGUUCCAAGGCCUCAAUUGAUAAGAUGGAUACCAGAAAGAGAGUAGAUGAGCGCGCGAUGGAGAAAGAGGAGGAAGAUUAUUUUAACGAGGAAAGCGAUGAAGAAGAUUCAGCAUCAGUAUCCAUGGCAAGAUCUCCUAAGGAGCAGGUUCAGCCUCAAUUGCAGAACGGUUCUGCUGCAAAUUCUACAUCAUUGAGUCCUAGAACUGGGGGUGGCCUUGUUGAUUAUGAUGACGACGAAGAUGACGAAGAUUAUAAGCCACCAUCAAGAAAGCAGCUUCCCGAAAAUUCUGAUGCAGACGAGGGAGCGUUGAGAUUAAAAAGAAAGUUGUCAUCAAAGGAAGAACCCGAGCCAGUAAAGAAACAGCGUAUAGUUAAAAACACCAAAACAAAAGAGGGAGUUUUAGCAGCAUUAUGUUCUACCUUAAGUCAAGCUGUCUUACCCAUUAAAAGAGCAUCAAGCCCUAUGCGAGUCAUCUCUCCAUUAGCAGACUCGAAAAAAAACAGCACCGACGAAGAGAAGCAAAUUGCUAAAGAAUCAACUAACCAUUCAGAGAAUUGUUGUAAAACCAAUGACGAUGAUUUAGAUCAAAACGGCUCAGUAAGCUGUUCAGAAACCCCACUUAGUAGUAGUAGUACUUCAGAUAAUGGACAAUCUUCGAGUGGUGAAGAAGAUGAGGGUCCUCUAGUAACUAGUACUGCUAAAAUGGCUGUAAAUGGAUCCUGAAUCGGUUUCCAGGCCCGAUGAUAAUGUUUAUCGUGCCUUCCUUUCCUCCUCCUCCCCUUUUUAUUUUUAUUUUAUUUCUUCAUCUCAUAUUUCAUCAGUGUAUGUUAUGGGCAGAUUCAGAUGGAGCUGAAUUAUAUUGCUCCUUCUCCAUGGAAGGUGAAAUUGUUUGAACCUGAAGGGGAAAACUGUACAGCGCCAUUGAAGGCUUAGCUGAAAAAUGUUAUGCCAUUUCAUUUACACCAACUGCAUCCAGAUUCUGCCUUGAUUUAGUCAUCAUGUUUUGAGAAACAAAAAAAAGAAGAAGAAGAUGUUGCCAUUGUAAAACCUUAACUAAUGUUCAAUACUUGUUUUCGUUUUUUCUUUCCGACUUCUUUAGACUUUAUUCAUUAUCGACUAGAUAUUUUGCUAAUCAUAACUAGCAAGCAAUAGGGUACUAAAUUUGCCCAUCUCCCCGUGUAGUUUCUUCCAUUCACAAUUUUGCCUUCAUUGGUGGUGUUGUUGAUGGUCAUUUUUUAUGCAGUUUUAAGAAUUACUUCAUUUAAGUUGUACAUUAUGCAGAUUAUUAACGAUUCACCCUCUCUUUUUUUUUUAUCA